GGCGGGGCCGGAACCGCUGGGGCCGGAACGCGGGCGCUGGGGCGCGGGGCCGGGCGGGCCGGAGCGUCGCCGGAAUUUCCGGAACCCGGGGUUUGUGCGGGGCCCGGCGGCGGGCCCGGGAUGUCGUUGCUGGCUCUGACAGAGGGAAGAAAUCAAUAACAAAUAUGUUGAUAUCACGGCUAACAUCUCAGUUAGCGAAGGCCUCACGAUUUGCAGGACAUUUUUUGCCAAGAUCAGUAUCUUCUGUUCUGCGCUCUGGUCCUACAUCUGGAAAUUACAGCACACAACCCUCUGAUAAGAAUGGAGCCCAACCUCAGCGCUGGUAUGCACUGGACCCUGAACUGGAAGAAAUGCUGGUCCCCAGAAAAAUGUCCAUCAGCCCUUUAGAAAGCUGGCUGACUGUUAGAUACUCCCUCCCUAAAGUGGAGAUCAUCAAUGUUCAUGAAAAGCUUGCUUAUGAACCUACCCAACAGUAUGACUGUCCCCCAUGUGAACGGGGAGCUGAUGUGGAAGAAGAGGACGGAGAAGUCAGCACUAACAAGGUUGAGUGUAAGAAUGUGUUGAAGAUCCGCAGGAGGAAAAUGAAUAGGCAUAAGUACAAAAAGCUGCUCAAACGAACACGUUUUUUGCGGAGGAAGAUACUAGAUGGUCGCAGGAAAAAACGUCAGGCCAAGUUUGAGAAAGAUCUGAAACGCAUCUGGAGAAGAGCUGGGUUGAAAAAACCUUCUGAGGGCUGGCAGCUUCCCAAGAUAUUUGUGAGAACUAAAUGACUGGAACACCUCGACUGUGUUUUGCCAUUUAAUUGUAAUUAAAGGGUAUUUAAAAUAA